AUGGCCGAGCCCAGCACCGCCGCCAAGCUCACUGCCGAGUUCGUGGGGACCUUCCUCCUGAUCUUUACGGUGGGCUGCAACGUUCUGGGUGGCUCCGCCACUUGGGCCGGGGUGUCCAUUGCCUUCGCGCUGAUGGUCGCCAUCUAUGCCCUUGGUGGUAUCUCCGGGGCCAACUUCAACCCUGCCGUGUCUGUGACUUUGGGAAUCUCCAAGGCCAUGGGAGGACCAGGUCUGGACUGGAAGACCGUGGGCCUCUAUGCCGGAGUUCAGUCUGCCGCGGGCAUUGCCGCCGCCAUCUGCUACACGCUUCUGUUCGGCAAGAGUUUCAACCUCGCCCCGGCCAAGGGUUUCUCUUGGUACCAUGCCGGACUCUGUGAGAUGCUGUACACCUUCAUGCUGACAUUUGUGGUCAUGAACGUGGCGGCUGCCAAGAAGAAUGUCUCGGAGAAGAACCAGUACUAUGGCAUGGCCAUAGCCUUCACUGUGCUGGCUGGUGCUUACGGUGCUGGCGCAGUGUCCGGAGGCUGCUUCAACCCGGCUGUCGCUUUGGGCAUUGAUGUGUCCAGCGCCGGCGUCGGCUUCGGCUGGUGCGUUCCCUACAUCCUCUUCGAGCUGCUGGGAUCUGCGAUGGCGGCAGCUCUCUUCAAGGUUGUUCGGCCUGAGGACUUUGGGGGCGAGAAGAGCCAGGCGACUGAGCUGGUCAGCGAGUUCCUGGGCACCUACAUGCUGGUUUUGACGGUGGGCUUGAAUGUUUUGGGUAGCUCCAAGGCUGCUGCCUUCUCCAUCGCAGCCAGCUUGACCUCCAUGAUCUACGCUUUGGGAGACGUCUCUGGUGCUCACUUCAACCCGGCGGUCACGAUGGCCAUCUUUGCCUCUGGCCGCUGCCCUGAGCUCACCCCUGCCAAGGCCGGUACAUAUGCAGGCGUUCAGAUCGCCGGAGGCAUCGCGGCGGCCCUGACGUACGCCUUCAUCUAUCAGGGAAGGACCUUCGGCCUGGGCCCAGUGGGCACAAGCACAUGGGCCGCCGUCUCCGUGGCGGAGAUCGUCUUCACCUUCGUCCUCGCCUAUGUGGUGCUCUCUGUUGCGGUGUCUGAGCGCACCAAGGCCUCGCACCUUUUCGGUCUGGUCAUUGGCUCCUGCGUGACGGUGGGCGGCUUCGCCAUCGGUGGCAUCUCCGGUGGCUCCCUGAACCCGGCCGUGUCGUUCGGCAUUGCUGCGGCCAACGUCCUCAAUGGAGGUCUUUUCUUCAAGGCCCUCAUCUACACCGUGCUGGAACUUGUCGGAGGAGUUGCCGCUGCCGGCAUCUUCAAGUUCACCCAUGAGGUGGACCAGGAUGCCCCGGACGCCAAGAAGAUGGACGCCUAA